AUGUAUUUAAGACAUAUUCCACACAACUGUACUUGGUGAAUAUCCAUCAAGUUUAAUUAUAACUGACCGCAGCAGUCAUGCCCUUUAUGUUAUGCCAGUGCUUGAGAACAAACGCCUAAAAUUGACGAUGCAUCUGAAAUUAAAGUAUAAAUUAAUUAUGUACAAUAAGGUUUGCUUUAACCUUCUUCCACUUCCUGCCAUCUAGAUUUAGUUACUUUUUUAAUAUAAUUUUGACAAAUUUUUCAAGUAAUUUAAUCCACAUUUCCCUUUCCUAGAUAGAUUUUAAUAGUCAUUUAACCAUGAAUUUGUCUGCAUAUUUUAGGUAUUGGAUGGAUAAAUGAAGUACAACCUGUGACAGAUUCAUAUUGCAUUAAAUACAUAGACACUGGUAUGUAAAACUAAAUGAACAUGACAGAAAGAGCAUAUAGUGUUACACACUCUCUGCAUUUACAACCACUGUGAACAUGUGUGACCAAAAAAAAGUAUAAAAGAACACAUAAAUGACCUUAUUACCAAUUCAUAUACAAAUGCAAACAUACAGUGAAUGGACAUUUAGAAUUACUCAUAAGGUGGUCAGAAUUCAAACUCUCAGAUGUAACCCUGAUGUUAUCUUCUGAUUUAGCAGCUGAGUUGAAAGUUAAGGGAAACUUAACUUAAAGUGCUGAGCAACCAAUUCAAUUUUUUUUUUGCACCUUCUACAUGUUAGACAUUUUAGGUAAAGCCUUAAAGCUGUCUGAAACCCACUUACACAUUUGUAUAACCUUGACUUUUCAAGACUGCUCCAUUCUUGACUAAAUUACCCCAGAGAGGCUUAAGAGUUCUUAAAUCACAGUGUAAGAGUUGUGAAACUUCUGUAAAAUUGUGAAAAUGAAAAAAAAGGGGGAUUUCAUUGCUUAUUUCACAUUUAGACCACAUUGGACCAGGUCCAGAUCACAAACCAGUAAACCUGGACUGGUCACAUCUGGACUAGAUCUGUUUAUCUGCACACCAACAACUUCUUCUGCUCACUGGUGGUCCCUAUUGUGUCUUUACCCUUGCCAGUCACCUGACCUUGCACCUGCCUGUUGACAUGAUCCAUCAUUACCCCACCAUCCAAAGAGUUUACACUGUAGACCUGCACAGCAGCCUAGUCAUUUGCCAUAUUGUGGAUUGUGUCUCCUGGGUUGCAGCCCUUUUGUUUUGCUUGAAUCUGCCUGCCUGCAAUUGUGAUUUUGUCAAAAGUAGUAUUUCUGAAUUUCUCAUCCUGUCACUACUAAGUACUGCUACAACUUUUGGUUGCAUUCAUAAUCUAAAUACUGCCAUUACUAUGGUUUCAAGUACCCACAUACCUCUUUCACUACUACUAAAACCUCCACAUGUAAGUCUGUCUUAGUUUUUUCCUUCCCUCUGACUGUCUGUCCCUCUUACACUCUGUACAUUUCUGUCUAUCUCAUUUACUGCACAUCUUUCCUUGUUUGUUCCUCCUUUCUCUCUAUCUCCUCUGUUCCCUUAUUCCUGUUUCUCUGCCACUCACAGUCACAUGCACAGCUUCCACCCUGUCCUUGUUGUUCUUUAUCUAUCACUUCACUUUUCCCUUUAUCCUUCCCUUUUCUUUUUAAUUUACUUUUUAUUUUUCCCCAGCUCUCUGUGCUUUUCCUGUUUACCUUUCUAUUGCUAUUGUUCCUCACUGCCUUUCCUUCACUCUUUAUGUCCUUUGUUAUUCUACUUUUCCAUCCACCCCUCACCUUUUUGUCAUUUUAUAUAAUUUACACUCCGUAUGGAAAAUACACUGGCAAUACAGAUUUAGUGCUUUAGACUUGUUUUCAAUGUAUACCAUGUACCAUGCAGGAACAGCCUGACCUGAAACCAAGUUUUUUUCAAUCCAAACUGUUAUAAUUCAUCCCAUUCCUGUGAUGGGUAUUUUGCUCCAGAGGAUACAAUCUCCUUUCAACUUUCAAGUAGUGGAGUGAAAGUGAAGAUAUCUAAUAUAGCCUGCUGUUAUUGUUUCGGUGGAUUAUUAUUUCUUUUUUAAUAACAAAGUAAUGAUUUUUUUUUUUUUUUAAAUGUUCGUAUAAUUUACAAAUAUAUCAAUUUUAUUGAACAGAAAAAAUAUCCAUAUUUACCAGAUUUAAUCUUAACCACCUAUUAUUUAUUUUUCUGCUAUACUUAAUAAACAGAAAAAAAGUCUGUUCAUGGAUAUAAGUUGAAACUGCUGUCGAUCUACCCCUGACAGCAUCACAUUUAGGAUGUAUUGGUCCUGUUAGAGGACACCAGAUUUUAGCAGAGAGGGUGUCGAGGAAGUCUGACAGGUAUUUCACUUUCCUAUCCAGGUGGGUGUCAUCUUCAAAGAUGACUGGGACCCACUGUUCUUCAAAAGUAAAGUGGGGCUUCUCCUCACCAGAGACACUGGCCCGGGGAAGUAUGAAUUAAAUAAACUCAGGUCUUAAUAUACUUAGUCCGCCCUCCUUUUCUGGGACAACAAGCCCACAGUGUUCAGCCCAACCUUGUCUCUAAAACACUUAUCUCCUAGUCAGCCUACUCCAUCAGUUCCAGUGACAACAACAGAGCAGAAGUUCCCCCACCUGUGGCUUGCUCUGCACAUUGGACAAGUGUUGCCUUAACUCUCAUCAUUGUAUCUCGCUUUUAUUUGCAACUAAUGUGUUCUGGUGCAGCUCGCUGUGUAAAUUGUUGGGGCUCAUCCCAAUGAGGAUAUGGCUAACCCUCAUAUGAUAGCCUUCGUAUAGGCUACAGUCACCCACUUUGCUGGUGUGUGCAACAAAGUAUUUCCUCUGUUGUAGUAUAGUGCAGCACAGUUAAGGAUGAUUCAGUAUGUAAUACAGGAGACCAAGCGUUACAUAUGAAAGACUAUCAAUAACUCCAGCAGAUUGAAUAUUUGUUAACCUUAUUGCAGAUUCUGUGGGCUACCUUUUCAUACAUUACAUUUUAUUACAUUGUGAUGCAUUAUCAGUUGGGCAAGCUAUUCGUAUGCUCCUCAAUUUGGUUAUUUGUCUUCAGUUAAAAAGUUUUUAUUUUUUUUAGAUGGAUCUGGUCUGAUGUGGUCCAUUUGUGAAAAAAGCAGUGAAAUUUCCAAAAUUGAAAAGUUCUAUUCUCACCAAUAGACUUAGGAUUUCACAAAUUUGAACGGUUUCACAAUAUCAGACAGGCUUAAGGCUUUACACACAAGCUUUCCUCAACAGUAAGAUGUGGUCAGAAUCAGUCAGCAAAGUAACAUGAGUUUCCCGUAUCCCCCCCUUAACUGCCGAAUCGGAAACGAUAUUGAGCGUCUUGUCCCACCCAGGUAAUUAGAAACCGGGAAAUAAAACGUCACUAAAGCACUUAUUCCCUGUUUUUUAAUUGUUGUGCGAAAUUUGCAUUCUAUCUUAGUUUAAAAAAAUAUCAAUUUAUUGUUUAUAUAGUAAUAGAUUGUUAGAACAAAAUUAAUAUAUUGUUUUAAAAGGUUGCAAAGACUCAUAAAAUACUAUUUUCGUCGCUGCUGUCCACGAAAACUGAUCAUUGAUGAGGUAAUGUUCUCACGAUAGUUCAAUGGAGGAAGAAGAGUCAGUGAUGGUAUGAAAUGCACGUCAUUCCUUGACGAAGCGUAGAGAAAACGCUUGCUAUUAAGAUCGUCGGUUUAUUUGUUUAUUCAACAAGAGGACAAUUUAUCCACAUUUCAGCACACGUCCAGGCUUUAAAUACGGGAUCUUCGUGAUGGCGAAGGAUAUACGACCGUUAUUCGGGAGAGGGUUCGUUUCCGUGUUUCUUUUUCUUUCUGCUAUCAUGAACACUGUUUCCACCGUCACCCACUAUUCUGUUCCCGAAGAAAUGGAGGAAGACUCUGUCGUUGCUAAUUUGGCAACUGAUUUAGGAUUAGACGUGAAGACGCUGAAGGGAAGGAAAAUGCGCUUAGACGUUGUAGGCAACAAAAAAUAUCUUGAUAUUAACAAAGACACAGGAGAGCUGUUUAUUCAGGAAAGGAUAGACAGAGAGGUUUUGUGUCCCUUAAAAACAACGACAUACUGUUUUCUUAAAUUAGAUGCAACAAUUGAAAAUCCAAUACGAAUGUUUAACAUCGAGGUGGAAAUUAUCGAUAUUAAUGAUAACGCCCCUCAUUUUCGACGAGGAACGAUGCAUUUGGACAUCUCUGAAUCAAGCCCCAUUGGAGAGAGAUUCUCACUGAACAACGCUGCAGAUCCAGAUGUUGGGACUAAUUCUGUGAAAAAUUACCACCUGAGCUCAAGUGAACACUUUGCGCUUGAAAUUCAGACCGGGAGAGAUGGGUCAAAGUUUGCUGAUUUGAUACUUAAAAAAGCUUUAGACAGAGAGCAGCAGCCUGUUCAUAAUCUAACACUGACUGCUGUGGACGGUGGAGUCCCCACGCGCACAGGUACAGCCAGCAUCAUUGUUCGCGUGCUCGAUGUGAACGACAACGCCCCUUCAUUUGAAAAAGACAGAUACGUCGUAGAUGUGAUGGAAAACUCUCCGAUUGGAAGUCUAGUAAUCAAGCUAAAUGCCACCGAUUUAGAUGAAGGGUCAAAUUCUGAUAUUGUUUAUUCAUAUAGUUUGUACACAUCAGAGAGAACACAAAAUAUGUUUAACCUGAAUCCAGAAAAUGGUGAAAUCAGAGUGAAAGAGAUGAUUAAUUAUGAAGAUAUUAAACUUUAUGAAAUGAAAAUUAUUGCUGCUGAUAAAGGAAAAAACUCUUUAUCUGGACAGUGUAAACUGACAAUACAGGUGACAGAUAUGAACGAUAAUCACCCAGAAAUUUCCAUCAAAUCCUUUCAAAGUCCUAUCAAAGAAAAUGAACAAAUAGACACAGUGAUAGCUGUAGUUAGUGUGAGUGACAAAGACUCAGGUGACAAUGGAGUGGUUGAUCUUCAUAUUCCAGAUAAUAUGCCUUUCAAACUGAGAAAAUCCUCUGAUAACUAUUAUGAAUUAGUGGUGUCAGAGCUGUUAGACCGUGAGAAGGUUCCAGAAUAUGACAUCACUUUCACUGUUACAGACAGAGGUUCUCCUCCUUUAUCUGACAAUGAAACUAUGACUUUAGAGCUGCUGGAUGUUAAUGACAAUGUUCCACAGUUCCCUCAGUCAUUUUCUACUAUACGUGUAAUGGAGAAUAAUGCACCUGGGGCCCUGCUCAGUUCACUCACUGCCUUUGACCCUGACCUCCAUGAAAACCAGUAUCUAGUUUAUUUCAUCCUAGAGAAAGAGAUAGCCAACACCUCCAUGUCCAUGCUGUUCUCCAUCAAUCCAGAGAACGGUAAUCUUUACGCACUAAAAACUUUUGACUAUGAGAUUGAGAAGGAGUUUCUUUUCCACAUUGAGGCCAGAGACUCUGGCUCUCCUCCACUCAGCAGUAACGUGACUGUUCACAUCAUUAUUGUGGACCAGAAUGACAACGCUCCGGUUAUUGUCUCUCCCUGGCGCGCACACGGCUCAGUGGUGGAGGAAAAGAUCCCCAGAUCCACCGAUAAAGGCUCUCUGGUUGCCAAGGUGAUAGCUUUAGACACAGACUCGGUGCACAACUCUCGGAUUACCUACCAGUUUCUACAACUAACUGACGCCACCUUGUUCAGUCUGGACCAAUACAACGGAGAGAUCCGGACUAUGAGGAUGUUCAGUUACAGAGAUCCACGCCACCAGAGACUGGUUGUUGUUGCCAAGGACAACGGGGAGCCUGCUCUCUCUGCUACAGUCACCAUCAAGCUGUCCACAGUGGAGACUGUUGUUAAGGCCUACUCUGACAUGACUGAGGUGCCUCUAGAGUAUGACAUCUUCUCAGACCUCAACCUGUACUUGGUGAUCGGUCUGGGCUCAGUGUCAUUUCUCCUGCUCAUCACCAUAUUGGUCACCAUCGUGCUCAAGUGCCAGAAACCCAAACCCAGCAAAGCAGCUCCUCCCUGCAGGAACAGUGUGAUCAGUGAGAGGAACUCCACCAUCGCAGAUUCCACUCUGGUGUCCAACGAUGCCUACUGGUACAGUCUGUUUCUAGCAGAGACCAGGAAAGGAAAGCUGGUGGUCAGACAGCCUGUGCCAAAGGGCUCCAGAUACAUUGUGUCCAGUAUACCAAGAGGCACAGGAGUUACAGACACUAGUGACUCAGCAGCUUCCACUCUGCAGUACCCUAAGUGAAGGAAGUCCACUCUGCAGUUGGAGGAAUCCACCACCAGCAGCAGCAGUUCCACAUAAGGCCACACAACUCCAGCUGCACACUGGAUCUACGCUGACAGGAAAGCUUCACUGAGGAGAGGAGAAACCCGUGUCCUCAACCCCACCCAAUGUCCAUCCUGCUCAGUCUGGUCCCUCUUCUUCACAUUGUGUAGUUGUCAUGUUUUCACACCAAAUGGGCCGAGGUGGCUAAUCAAAGACAAACACCCCCCCCCCCCCCCCCCCUUUAAGAACAUGAAAAAACAAUCAACAAUGCCUCUCUGUCCAUUAUGCAUGAUAAGGCUGCAUGGCUUCAACCACACUCCAAGACCUUCAUACAAAACAUUUUCAAGGAGACACUCGCAAAGAAACGGACUGUACAAAAAAUUGCACCAGUGGAUAUUCAAAGAAAGCCACAACAAGGACUAAAAGAGUGGACACGGAAAUGUUGAAAUGCCUUUAAGAGACUGUUUUCUCUCUCUAUAAAAGAAACACCUGUUGGAUAUUUCAUUUUUAAUCUCUUUGCUUCGUCUUGCUGCACAACAGCAUUGAUGUAUUAUAUAUCAGUUAACUAAGAAGUGAAACAGCACAAUUAACUAAAUGUGAGAAAAGCACCAACCUACGAUUUUUAAGUGUGGAACUAACAGGAAUCAGUGUUUUAUAAGUGUUGUAGCUUUCAGUAGUUUUUUGUUUUGUACUUGACUUUGUGCUUUAUAUGUGAGCUAGGCCUAAAUAUAUGAAUGAGAGUGCUAAGAGAUUAAAUUAAGUUUACCAGUACAUCAAAUAGAAGAGUGAGGCCUUUAGCCAUUAUGUAUCUGCCUUUCAGUUGUUUUUGCAUGGAAUAAUCAAAGUACUUUGAUAAUUUUAGAUAUUUUAUGAUUUUGAGCAAUCCAUUGUCUGCAGUUAGGCAUCAUGGCUUAGUAUUUUUCAAAACAAGAUGGAAGAUUACAUUUUAAUGCGACCACAUAGACAAGUACAAAAGUGUAAUACUUUCUGAAUAAGGUCUUCUAAGAUUUGUAAUUUCAUUACAAGGGUACUCUCAGCUUAAACUUAAGUGUACAGUCAGUGUGUAUGAAUGUUAUGUCCACUUGGACAUUAUCGGAGAAAAUGAGUCUAGGUGUUAAAACUGAACACAAUUAAACACAGGUAGUCUUUGCGAAUGGAUAAAUUAAUGUCUCAUUAUAACUACUUUAUAUAGAACACAAACAUUACCAUGUACUUUCACUUUUUUAAAUUUCCAAAGCCAAACUCUGUUUGUUAUUCAUGUUUAACAUCUUCUGAGACUGUGUAAUAAGUUGAAGAACUGAUCAUGAAGACUUUAUGUUACAAUGUUGAAACAACAUAGUGGUGAUUGAUUUUACUCAAUGAAAGCUGUGCUCAUGUGUAUUACUACUUUAUGUAUCUGUAUAUGCAACACAUAAACAGAGAUACAGACAUGCCUGACGUAUACAGUAUACCAUAUGUCUGUAUCUAUACAUAUGCCUUUCCAUUACAAUAUCAAUGCUGAACUUAAGCAAAAACAGUGUAACUCUUGUGCCAUCAGAUUUAUGGGAUAACUAGUAUGUGAAACAGUAAAACAUUCAGAAAUCAUGUAGUCAAACUCUUUAGCACAGCUCACAUUGCAUUACUUGUAUAAAGUUGUAAUGUGUUAUGGGAAAACAUAUACAGUAAGUGCUUUUGUACAGUGGUACUUUUAUGGUGCAAUAUGUAGCAACUUGUGUAAUGUGGGCUGAUUGUAUGCUACGGUCUGGUCUGUAUGAUCUAUUAAACAUAAAAAUAUAGAACGACAAAGUUAA